AAAGCGACUUAUGGGCGUUGCCUAGCACUUUAAAGCCAAAGGCUAUUCCACUAGGGGGACUAGGUAUAAUGAAGAGAGCGGGGAAAUUAAAGGGUGUAUACGACCACCAUUAUUAUAGCCCGACACGUGGCGCAUCGAAGCAGGAAUAUGUGCUUCCACGAGAUGGUGUACCUUAG